AUGUCUGUAAACUCUUAUGGUUCACCAGCUGUUUUAAAUGGAUCACAACAAUAUAUAAUAACAAAUGAUAUUCCUUAUCAAGGACAAUUUACGCCAAGUGAAGGUAUGUUUCCCUUGCAACAACAACAACAACAACAAAUACCGCAACAACAACAACAACAACAAAUACCGCAACAACCACAGCAACCACAGCCGCAACCAAUGUUUUCUCAGCAACCAGUAUAUCCAUCAGUAACCACACCUGCAACCAAUACUUUUCCUCAGCAACCUGCUGUAUUUGUUCCUGUAUCUAGACAAAAUUAUAUGAAUCCAUCAUCACGACAACAACAACAACAGAUACCCACCCAACAAUCACAAUUACAACAGCAACAUUUAGUAAAUGCAUAUUCUCCAAACUAUACAUUAAAUCCUGUAUCUAGCAUACCAACAAACGUUCCUAAUCCACAACAAUACGCAGGUUCUAUGUUUCUAAAGCAAGGCCAACAACAACAGCAACCGCAACCGCAACAGCAGCAGUAUCCACCUCAGAGUCAAACACAGUCGCAACCUUUGUAUAUGAAUCAUAUACAACAAGGGCGACCAUUUGAUCCAACCAUGCAACAGUGGAUAAUGACUCAGCCUAUACCUGCAGGACCUCCUAUACCUAAUUCUUCCUUUGCUCCUGCUCCUGCUCCUUCUUCAAUGUCCCCCUCUUCUUCAUAUUCUCAUCCUAUUUCACAACAACAACAACAUGCCUUAUACAAUCCUCAACAAUCUGUUCCUCAUAGACAACCUCAAGUUAAUUUUAUGAAAAGUCGGAGGUAUGGUACAAUGCAUCAUAUUCAUGGUAACAGUAACAGUAAUAAUAGUAGCUCCAUUGACUUUAAUAACAAAAGUACCCAUUGGAAUAACAACAAUAUUGAAAGUACAAAUAUAAAUAUCAACACCAGGUUUACAGAGUUAGAAAAAUCAAAGGAAACUUUAAAUAACUAUAUUUUUGAUUUUUUACAAAAAUCCAAGUUUAACAAAUCAGCAACUAUUUUUAAGCAAGAAGCAAAAUUGAAUGAUUCCAAAAAUAUUACACAAUUCGAAUAUUCUAAUACUUCAAAAGGAUUUUUAAUUGAAUGGUGGCAUAUUUUUUGGGAUUUAUUUAAUACAAUAACAAAACGUGGUGGUACUGAAGUGGCUAAUAAGUAUUAUCAAAUUGUAUCAAAUCAAAGAAGGCGAGAUAAUUCAUAUAAGGCCCAGAUGUUAUAUGCCGCAAAAUUACAGAAUUUAGCAGAACAAAGAGGUGAAUAUGGCGAGCACUCAAGGGAUCCUUUAUCCUUGUUACCUUUGAUUUCCAAGUAUCAUAAUACUAAUAGUAAUAAUAAUAUACCAAAUUUUGAGUUUAAUAGAACAAAGAAAAAUAAUGAUUAUGAUAAUAAAAGCACUAAUAGCAAUUAUAACAGUAAUGGAAAUACGAGUAGGAAUAAUAAUCAAAAUAUGAACCAAAAGCAAAUAAAGCCUGAUUUUGAUAAUUUAAGUAAUGGAAAUACUAUUCCACAAAAAUUACCGAUAGACCAACAAGCUAAAUAUGUCCAAUUACCUCUUCAACAGGUUCAACAGGUUCAACAGCAACAAAUGCAAAUGCAGGUUCAAUUACAACUUCAGAGACAAAUUGAACAACAAAGACAGCAACAGCAACAAUAUCAGAAAAGGAUUCCCAAUCAGCAACAACAGCAACAAUCUUCUGUGUUAUACUUUGGUCAAGCUCAGAAUCAAAAUCAAAUAAAUAGUUCCACAUUUCAACAGGCAUCACCAUGCGAAAAUGUAAACAACAUAUCUCAAUGGAGAUCAGCACAAGUUUAUAAUAACCCAAUGAAGUCUAUGGAAGGCUUUUACAACUCUGUUACUGAUUAUAACGACUAUUAUAAUGCAGGUGGUAGUAGUGAUAAAUGGGAUACAAAGUCUGCUGUAUCAAAAUUCUCUAAACAAGAUCAACUUGAUGCUUAUAACAAUUAUAAAAAUCCUCUUAAUGAUAAAAAAGUGAAUAACCAGAAUAGGCAAUACAGUAUACAAGAUACCGGUGAAGAUAAUACGGAAAAUAAUUUUGAAUCAGUGAGUAAUGAUUAUGCUACCUUGAAUAACAAUUCUAAUCUUCCAACAGGGGACACUAACAAUAUGUCUAUUUUGGAUAAUGAUCUUACCUCUCCACAGAAUAAUAAAACUAAAAAAUCGAGGAUAAAAAACAAGAAGCCAUCAUUGUACGAUACAAAGAAAAAAACUUGUAUGAAAUCAUUUACUCCGUCAGUUGGUUCUUCCAUAGCAACUACUUCAAAGACAUCAGGAUUAAACAAGAGUAAAAGUGAAUCAAAAAUAGACUUUCAAAGCAAUGGUAUAAUGUCAAAUAAUAACAAUAUGAAGUACAUAAACUCAAGCAUUCUAAAUACAGAUACUGUCCUAAGUCCAGAAUCUAUAGGAAAUAACGGCUUCAAUACAAGUGCAGUACCUUCCUAUGUAUCAGAAAAUUUAACAUUCACGCCUCAACAAGGGGGUGUUUCUCCAAGGACUGGUGACCUACCAAAUAAUUCUAGUAACUCUAAUAUUAACACAGUGCAAUCUUCGUUUUCUGCUGAUACUAAUUACACUAAUAAGGAUAAAGAUAGUAGUCAUAAAUCGCAUAGGAGCAGCAUUAAAAACACAUCAAUGGUACAUGAAAAUGGUUUCUCUAAUACGUCUUUUUCACAAAAUAAAUGGGUUCAUCAGGAUAAAAAAGUUGAUAAUAUUGAUUGUGCAUCUAUAAAAAGAAGGUCAUCUGAUUCAUCUCUUGGUAUUAUUGAUAUAAAAAACAACCAAUUUUUAACAGAAGAGCCAGGUAAAGAUAGUAAAGGAAAGUUUAUUCAACAUUCGAGAAAAAGAAAAGAAAUGAACAAGAACGAAAAACACUCAGAAUCCUCUCGUAAAAGAGGAAGAAAGCCCAAAAAAUCAAAGACUAGUAAUCAAGACAUUAGUGAAGCAGUGUUAGAUAAAGAUGAGAAAUCUAGGGUUUUCAAACACCAGAAUUCAAGUGAAAAAAAUGAGAGAGAUAAAACCAUUAUAAAAAUGGGCGCAUUAUCAGACACAGAAGAGAUUUUUGAAGAAAACGGUAAGAACCAAGUUAAAGAUACUUCACUAGCUAGUUCAAUGAACCCAGAUAUAUUACAGUCCUCAUUUAAAAAUGAUACUGAUGAUUUUGUAGACUUUAAUUUUUCAAAUUUGGAAGCUCCUACUACUGAUCAUUCCAGUUUAAACGCUAUAAUACCUAAUGGUAAUUCUGUUGAAUCUUUUUCCAUACUUUCAGGUAACCUUAAUAUUGGAGGAGGCCAUGAAAAUGAUACUAGCAAUAAAAAAGGGGCAUCUCCAAAUAAUGUAGAAGGUGGAGAUAUAGACUUUAAUUUUAUAGACUGGCAAUAA